CCUCGCAAAUACGGAGGAGUGGCAAUUCAUAAGAUCACCAAAAAUGAUUGGAGGACUGGAUGUAUCAUACGUGAAGGGAGAUCCUGUUACUGCAUGUGUGGGGAUUGUUGUCUGCCUCUUCCCAUCUAUGAAGCCAAUUCAUGUUCAUACUGAAAUUGUUCAAAUGACUGAACCAUACAUUUCUGGUUACCUAGGAUUCAAAGAGGCUAACACCAUUGCAGAACAAAUACAACAUAUCAAACAUGAGAGGCCAAAUGCAUAUCCAGAUGCAUUUCUCAUAGAUGGGAAUGGUGUACUCCAUCCCAGGAGAUUUGGUCUGGCUUGCCAUGUCGGUGUCCUGACUGAUCAUCCAACAAUAGGGGUGGCCAAGUCUCUUCAUUUUGUUGAUGGAGUCCAUAAAAACAUCAAGGCAAGAUGCAGUACUUUGCUCAUCAAGCCUGGAGAUGUUGUUCCCCUUUCAACAGAUUCUGAAGAAAUCAUUGGGAUGGCACUUAAACCUGUAGCAGGAGUGAAAAAUCCUAUUUACAUCUCCGUUGGACAUCGUUUUGACCUGGAGACAGCAGUGUGGCUAGUGAAGACCUGUUGCCACUACAGAAUUCCUGAACCCAUUCGCCUGGCUGAUAUUUAUUCAAGACAACACCUCCAAAGAAUGGGAUUUUCCAAGUCCUAAAGACCAUGCUUUGUGACUCAAAAGUCAUCAUCUCAAAAUUUCCACCUGUGAUUUUUUAUUUUUUUCUUUCUGAUUUGUGGAGAGUUCAGUUAUCAUUUCAGACUUGGG